AUGAACUUAAUUAUUGCAGAAAUGGUUGAACAUUUAGACCAAGAACAAGAUAAUAAAUAUAGUGAAAUGAUUGCUAAGUUUGGUAAAGAAACCAUUGAAGCAAUAUCUGAAUUAGAACAACAACAAAUAGAACUUAAUAAUUUAACAAUACAAAAUGAAAUGGUAAUGAUAAAUGAAUUUCGAGAAUCUCAUCAACGAUUUCAAGCAUUUAAACCUUCACGUGAAAAAAUUCCCCACUAUUGGAGUUAUGUUCUUCAAAACUCUGGAAUAUUAAAGAAAAUACAAUCAACAAAUACAGACAUUGAAAUCUUAGAACAUUUAAAAGAUAUUUAUCUUACAUCAUUUACAGUAGUUAGUACAGUUGGACCAGUAAUAGCUGAUAGAAAAAGAUUAAGGAUUGGAUUUAAGCUUGUAUUUGAGUUUGAAAAAAAUGAAUGGUUUGAAGAAACAGAACUAAGUAAAACAGUGUCAUAUAUAUUUAAUGAACCAAUUUAUUAUCCUAAAAUUUCAAAUUCAGGUGUUACUUUUUAUGAUGGAAAAAACCCUAAAAUGAUUGAUUCAAGUCAACAUUCAUUUUUUGAUUUCUUUGAACCAAUAAACCAAAAAGAAGAAUAUAGUAAUGAAGAGGAAGAAGAAGAAAUUGAAGAUAAAUUAGAUGAACAAUUAGAUGAUACAAUAUGUUUUUCUAAUGAUAUUAUUCUUAAUAGUUUAUAUUAUUUUAAAAAUCAAAUGGAACCUUACUCUGAUGAUGAUGAAGAUGAUUUUUCAAGUGAAUUUUCUUCAUUAUUAAAUGAAGAUAGUGAAAGUUCAAAUGAUGAAAGUUAUGAGAGUGAAUAA